AUGGCCGACAAGUUCGUGACGGCCCAUGCCGGAGCAAAAAAGGCGGAGGCACGAGUAAAUGACAUAUUCACCAUCAAACAGUCACCUGGAGAGGGACUAAGGGACUUUCUUGCUCAAUUUAACCAAGUAAGGAUAACCUUACCAAACGUAUCGGAAGGAAUGUCCUUCGCAGCCUUUCAAAACGGGCUGAACAGAAGCGUCCGAGCCGACAAAGAUUAUCUGAAUGGGCCAACCCAACGUCUAACUUCGGUACAAGCCAAGUCCAGAAAGGACCGGAGAAACGACAACAGGAGAGAUAUAGCAGGACCCCGACCUAAUCGGGAAAGACAUCAGCCCUACGUCACUGUCACCCUUAUGCCACCCCCUAGCCAUGACGAAGGCCCAUCCAGGCCACGAACAGGAACUCAUCGAAGUGAGAGAGAAAUAGUCUAUGCACUGGAGAAGCUCGGCCUAAAAGUGAAAUGGCCGCAGAAGAUGAGAUCUGACCCGAGCAACAGAAAGUCAAAUGCCCUCUGCGAAUUCCACCAGGAGCGGGGUCACAAAACCGAAGACUGUAUCGCCUUAAGACAAGAGGUCGUGAACAUGCUUCACCAAGGGCACUUGAAAGAACUAAUGAGUGACCAAGGGAGAGACAACUUCACCCGUGGAUGUGAACAGCACCAGGGACCACCCAAACCACCAUCCCCGGCUCGAACCAUUCAAAUGGUCAUCGAAGGGGGAAACGAUGCAUCAAUCAACAACGUGAAGGUCACCACCACCCACAAACUCAAACGGUCGAUCACUCAUGAACGGUACGACGAACUAGAAGAAAGUAUCAUCUUCGAUAAGUCGGAUACCCACGGUUUGGUUUUUCCUCACUAUGGCGCCCUUGUCAUUACUUUAUGCAUCUUAGAUACUGAUGUAAAACGUAUUAUGGUCGAUGACGGGAGCGGGCGUGCAUCAUCCACCCUCGAGUUCUCUCACAAAUCAGCUCGAGGAUAG